GUGAGGACAGCAGGUGGCAGUUCCAUUUUAGGUUAUGGCCAAAAGUUGGUUAAGUUAAUAUUAUUUAUUGUUUUAGUUGAAUUAUUUGUUAAAUAGUUGUACGUCUCCUCCUUUCUGGCUCGCAAUGUCUGGAGUUCCUGAGAUGGCCAAUUGUAAUGUUUCAAAUGAAGAGGACAUUCCUUUCUCAAAAGCAGCCUCGUCAAACCAAGGGUAUGUCUUUCCAGAAGGAAAGGUCAUGCCAAAUAGAGUUUUUGUUGGUGGGAUUGAUGGGAAGACUGCUGAAUGUGAAAUUAAAGACUUCUUUGCGAGGUAUGGUGCAGUGAAAGAAGUUAAAUUAAUCAUGGACAGAAAUGGCAUUUCAAAAGGGUAUGGCUUUGUUUCCUUUCAAGAUGAGGUGGAUGUUCAGAAGAUAGUGGAAUCACAGAUUUGUUUCAGAGGAAAAAGGCUAAAGCUAGGACCUGCCAUACGGAAACAGCAGAAUUUGUGUACUAGCCACGUUCAGCACAGAUCUUUCAUUUUUAAUCCCCCUGCACCCCAGUUGCAGUAUGUGUGCAGCAGCACUCCUGGUACUGAAUGUAUUCCGGCUUCAGCUGCAUUUAAUCCAGUCACACAUUAUUUUCAGGCUUAUCCCUACCAGAGUCCCCAAACUGUUGUUCUUCAGCAGGUGCCAUUAAGUUUUCAGCACCCUCAGUUUUCUACACAGGUACUGCCACAAUGGUUAGCUGGGGAACAAAGGAACUGGAUGUUGUCACCGAUUAAUUCCAUGAGCUGUGAUCCAGUUUUUUCCUUUACUGGAAUGCUUCAGUGCAGUGACAUGAACUCUGGACCUGAACCUACCCAGCCAGACUCCACUGUGGAAGAAUCUAUGGCUUCAUCUUCUGGUAGUAGUCCCCAAAAGAAACUUGUGGACCGUGGCGUACAAACCAACAUGUCUUGCUUGCUUGUUCCAGACACCAGACACCGGCAUUCUUUAUUUAUGCCACAAGAUGAAUUUCUAAAGGACCGAAGAGUACAUCAAUCAAGAAGAAGCAGAGCUUUGUUGAAAACUGUUUGAAAAACAUGAUCUUCUCACCCAUCAAAGUUUAGAACUUGUGCACUUCAGGAAUUUGGCAAUUUAUGUUAACAUAAGAACAUUUUAAAUGUCUAGCCUGUAGUAUAUUUUGUAGUAAAUUUUGCAUAAUUAUUCUUGUUUUCCAAUGGUGCCUUUUUAAACAUACCGAUGCAAUACUUUCAAACAGACUUUUAAUAAUUGAUAUAUUUUACUUCAUUAGUAACAUAUUUGACUAGAUCUCUCAUGAUGUAUAGAUUUCUUUUUAGUGCUGUAUCAUUGUUAACCCACUUUUAAUGUAUUGCUGCCAGCUGCUUCCCAGGCUCUUUGAUGGAAUUUAAAUCUGUUAUGUAUCAGUGGCUUAUUGGAAAGACUUAAUCAUUUUUUGCGUGUACAUGGUUAAACUGUUGCUGUUUAACUGUGCUAGAUAUAUUUAAUGACAGAAUUGGUAGUUCAGAACUUGAGAAAUUGGAUGUAGUACAGGCUGGCUUACAGCAUUUUUUCAUGAAAGGGGAUCAGUCUUUUAAAAGGUGUUCUGCAGUAAAUAGCACUGGAUGAUUUAACAUUCAGAGGACUACAAAAUUGUAUCUUACUCAUCCCACAAAAAUGAUUUAUACACCAUGUUUUUAAGUAAUUUUGUUGGAAAAGCAUUAGGAAUACUAUUGUGUCCCUUUACAAACUAAUGUACAAAAGGAAUUGAGUGGGAUAGUUUUACCUUGCAAUGACAGCAGUCAUUACAUUAAGUUUUGUGCCUUGAGAAAAGAAAGGUGAUGCUGCCACUGCUACCUUAAAACUGGUGGUAAAAAAAGAGUUUGUGUUCCCAUACAAACAUAUGACAUGUUUAUCAUCACUUGGAAUAAAUAGAAGACUUUUAGACAUGCUUAA